AAUAAUAAAAAAUAAAAAAAAUUCUAAAUGAAUACCUAUGAAAACUAACAUUUUGUGGCCGACUCAAAUUUAAAAUGUUUAGCAGAUGCUAAACAAGUAUUACUAAUUUAAAAAACUGAUUGGGCCGAAUGUAUUUGUCCUAUAUGUGAUUUACCAAACGAAUACGACAUUUUCUUAACUGACGAAACAUACACUUAGACCUUAACCCAAAUUGGUACGAUAGUUGAAAAAUCAAAUAUAUGUUGUAGUAUAUGUUGUAGAUAAUUCCGUUAAUUUGAAUCUAGAACAAUGAUCGGAGGAACGGAAGUUGCUUAAACUGAAAGACCUUAUAAGAUUCCAUCUCCUUGUUUAGCUAAUUUUGGACCUUGUAAAUAAUAGAUCGAAGUGAAAAAAAACGGCUAAAAUCUCGGUGGUUCGGAAUGGCCUUGUUGGUGUAAUACACUUUGUUGUUUUAGAGGUUUCUGUAGUUGCUAAGAAUUAGAUGUUACUGAUUCUGUGGGUAAUGUAGCCUAUAGGAUAUCGUCAAAAUGCUUAUAAUGUGGAUAUUUGUUGCCUGUUUGCUUCUGUUUUUAAUCAUGUGCUAGAAGGCAUUAUCCUAUUAAAAAUACUAAUGGGUAGGUUGUGGGAGAAAUCACUAAUAUUUGUAACGGAGUUUGCUUAGAAUUAUGUACUAAAGCUGAUAAAUUUGCAGUUAGAUUUCCUGCAGAAUGUACUACUGAGUAGAAAUUAAUUAUAUUGUAAACUGCUAUGUUUAUUGAUUAUUUGUAAUAUGAAUCUUUUUGCUGAUUUGCUUUUUUUAUUUAUUUUCAUAUGAUAUAUUAUACAAUAUUAUUUUUAGUUUCUUUUUAUUUUAUAUAGAAAAAUAUAUUUUUAUUAGAAUAUAUAAGACAUUUUAUUUUUUUUCU